AUGGCUGAUCAGUACUUAUUAUUACAAGGUCUAGAAAACCUCAAGAACUCAUUCUCUUUAUCAGACACUAGUACUGCUGCUACUGAUCCCAAUUUUGAUUUUAUCCUAAACCAGUUUUACACUAAUCCAAUUCCAAUUCCAAUUCCAAAUCAUCAUCAUCAUCAUCAACAACAAAACCCUGGAUUUGCAUUUGACAAUCUAUUCUUCCCCCCUCCUCCUCUACCUGAAAAUGAUGACGAAUCGCCCGUAAAAUCGGAAAUUUUUUCCGGUUUGUUCUUACAUGGUGAUCAGGAUACUAUCAACACUCCCCUGCCUCAACAAACUAUCUCCAACUAUAACAACAAGAGGAAAGCAGUCGAAACCGGCACCACCACUCCUCGAACCGCAAACUCUUCACCUCAAGUCUCUUCUGAUAAUGGUGGCUUCAUCACUAGGAAAAAUAGUACAACAAAAAGAGGAAAGAAAAUGAAAGGGAAUGAAAAGAAAGAUGAAAUCAAGACAAUGGAAGUUGUUCAUGUUAGAGCUAAGAGAGGCCAAGCCACUGACAGUCAUAGUUUAGCUGAAAGGGUCAGAAGAGAAAAAAUCAAUGAGAGGUUAAAAUGUCUGCAAGACAUUGUUCCAGGAUGCUACAAGACUAUGGGAAUGGCAGUAAUGUUGGAUGAGAUCAUUAAUUAUGUCCAGUCCUUGCAAAAUCAAGUAGAGUUUCUUUCGAUGAAGCUAACGACGGCAAGCUCGUUUUACGACUUCAACUCCGAGGCAGAUGCAUUGGAGACAAUGCAGAGACAAAAGGCAUUAGAAACAUUCAAGAUUCAAAAUGGAUAUUCUUCAGCUGAUCAGUUUGCUCCAUUAGACCUCACUUUUGGCUGUUUUCCUCAAUUCCCACACCACAGAUGAAUUCAGAUUAAUUAAUUACCAAUGUUAAUUUCCCUCUUUUUUUUUUUAAUUCAAUUUGUGCCAAAGGAAAUAUAUUAUAUUUAAUUGUAUCCAUUCACACACAUGUGGGAAAUUAAUGAUUUUUUUUUUUGUUAAUGAAAUGUAUAAUCUUGUGAUUUAAUCUGAAUUAUUAAAGACUCCAGAGAUGUGGGCUGCCGACAUUAAAAUAUUAUCUACAAUAUUAAUUUGUUAAUUAAUUAGUUUAAGACUUAUGAUUAGAUGUGUUAACAGACAGACAGCAGCCAAAUAAUGUACUUGUGAUAGACAAUUUUUUUUUUUUUUUAAUGUUAUCUCUCUUGUUUAGUGUUGUCUGAUUAGUAUUUUGAUUGCAUCUUUCUCAAUUAUUAUUUUCUUUGUUUCUA